AUGUCAUCCUCUGUUGCCUAUCAGGCUGCGAAGGCUCUGCAGAAGCUCCUGCCGCAGAAACUUCCGCCUUCCCUCUCCACCAGACCGGGCAACCUCUACGAGGUCAUCUCUCGUUACCCCUCGGACGGUGUUGGAAAGAUCGUACACCAGACAAGAUGGGGGACGAAGGGAAUUGAAGACUCUUACUGGCAAAUCACCAGGAGUCGGACAAAAUUACAGGGGAAGCACGGGAAGGCUUGGGGCGUGUUGUUUUGGAAAGGCAAACAGGUUAGCCCAAGGGAGGAGAGGAUUCGCGGGGGCUUGAAGUACCAGUGGGCAGAAGGCUCCUCCAAGGCUGCUGCACCUAAAGCGCCCUCCACUCGCAUAGGACCAUGA